CUCUCGCUCCAGGGGCAACACCGUAACUUGAGGCAGCAAUAAUUAGUGUUGCAGUCUUUCACAAGUUGCAUGACAAGUUCCUCCCCCUUUCGCAUAUACGGCAGCAACACGGCAAGGCAAGACCUCCAGACUCCUGAGAGUCGUCGACAGCAGGAACCAAAGGCAAGACCCCAGCAAUCCUGCUUCCAUGGAAAAUGAAUUAGCCUCCGAAUCCAUCUAGCCACUCUGUUUCAACUUUGCAGGAAGCAGCGUUGCAGCUGUCACUCUAGCAGAUCUGGAAGUGGAUUGUUACUUUGUUAGGGAAGCAGAUCUGCUCGGACGGUCCAUCCUGUCACAAACCAGCAGUAUCACCCCUGUCCCAGCAAGAGACUGAGCACCUGAAGCUCCGGACGCAUCACCAAACCUCAGUCUUAAUUCCCUACCCGUACGUCACUCUCUCCUGUGUAUACAAGUAGUAUAUGUUUAAGGCCCAUUUGCAAGUUUCGCAUAUUAAAAAGGAAUCACUAAUGUAAGGAACGCAUCAAAUACGUUCAUAGUGAGCGGUGAGCCCCCUUUUUUUAUCGGAAAGAGUACUGAUGACUCUGGUCGGCCAUAAAGCAUGAACUCUCUCCCGUCUCCCCACAAAGCCUUUUUGACUUGGGGGAUGAGAAUUGUUAUUCAGUUUCGCAGAGCUGCUGCUCCCAAUUCAGUCUGAACUAAUACUCCCGAUCGAGCCUGUAAGCCAACCAGCUUGAUCACAUGGAGUAUCUCUCCAUCUCUGUGGUAACCUGAAGGCGAGUUAAUCUGUUCCAAGAAACCAGUACUCGCUAUCGAGCCUACAGCAGGUGGUUGCAUACACAUCUGGUUUUGCUGGUGUCCUAGCAAAGCUAUCACCCAAUUCUGCCACCGGUCAGUCACAAGCACCAAGAACUAAGGACAGCAACGAGUCUUGCCGAUGCGCACAGUAUCAGUGAUGGAAGUGGACCAGAAGGACAGGAGCAUCUGAUUUGCAUCUCGCAAGCCUGGGCCUCUUUACGACGCGCUGAACGAACAGCAAAACCUACCACUGGUUUAUUUGUACACUUCGGUGUCCACAGGAUCUCCAAGCCUCAGUCUUACAUCGCUUUUGUGUAAGUCCGUGCUGCCUUGUAUGUAUUGCGUAAGAUCUACUUAUAAGUAUGGGUGGAGGUGGAUAUUCAAUGUUGUUUUCCUGGGUCAGCCGAUUAGUUGCGAUGACAUAUAUAUACCACAUUAAUUACUAAAGAACUAGCAAGGUGGCCCGCGCUAAUAGCGCGGGUAGCUAGUUUUUUUAUUUAAUUCAUUAAAAAUAUUUACAUUGACAGAAGAGAUUUAUUUUAUAAUUUAUUUACCUCUCAUUUGCUCUUGUUGAAUAUUAUAAUACUUGCAGCUUUCUAUGCAUAGGAGUUCAUAUCAAUCAUCACUUUUUAUGUUGCUUUAUUCUAUAUUAUAGUUGCAUAUUUUAGUACUUAAACCUGCAAAAUCUAAAUUUGAGGAUUGAAUUCAAUUUUGGAUCACCUUGAAUACGGAGCAAAUUGUACAUAAUUGUAUUCAUAUAAAGUUUUUUAUAAUUAUGAAAUAUAUUUAUAUGUAUUUGAUAGUUGUGUUUGCCAACAAUCUGUAACUUAGAUAUUGGAGUUCGAUUUGUAUCUUGCAAUAUUUUGAUUAAUAUUUAGCGAAAAUAUAUCUAGUGUAGUUGUUAGAGCACUUAAGUAGCAUCUAGCAGAUCUAGACCUGACUCAUCAUCGGAGCGAAAUAAAAAUGAUCAUGGAUUAGACAAAAAAAAAGUUAUGUUAAAAAAUAAGUUGAGGCCUCCUGCUGCCUUUGGUAAAUAAAUGUUAUACAAAACUUAUAUAUAUGCGUGCUAUGUUAAUGCAUAUAUGUUUUAAAUUUUUUAUUUAACCGAACCUAUUAUUAUUUUUCCCACUUUGGUUACUGCACAAUUUAUUUAUUUUUAGCCCAUAUGACUGCAUAUAUUGGUCUACUUUAGAGUUUUGUCAUCUCGAUGAUAGAUAGUUCCAUAUAUAUCUUUGUUGUUGUUUCUAACUCUUUUCUUUAUUUUUCAUUUUCUCUAGCAAUUUUUAUUGAUUUCUCUGUCUUCUAUUUUGUUCCUCGGUAUAUUUGAAAUCGAUUAGUGUGUAUCGCAUCCGAUGCAUUUAAUGGAGAAGUUUCCUGUUUAGUAUUGUGCCUCGGGGUUUUUUUUUCUGAGCGAAGAGGAGCAUCGAUAACGUACAUUUGUUUGAAUCAUUUGAUUUUGUACUGUAGGGAAUCGACUUUGAGAUAGAUUAGCAGGGCUUCAGGCCUGUAUCUGUGGCUAAAAUAAUUUCAGUUGUGGCUUCUUUGAUGGAGCAGCUUUUUUAUGGAUAUAGAGCUGUUUUGAAAACCGUUCGGUAGAACCGCUUCUUCUAUUUUUUCAUGAAUAUAUGAAAGAUGUCAAAUGUCCAACAGGACAUGGCUAUAAUUUAAUAUUUUUCUCAUUCUAAUGAUAUUAUUUAUAGACUAAACCAAUAAAUUCACUUUUGUCCUGUUCUUUUGCCCUCAUUUUCUCAUUUUUCCUGCCUUCUUUUUCUAUUCUCCUUUUUCUACUUUCCUUACCCGUUCAAUCUUGGUGCUUCUUUAUCUUUUUCUCUUCUCUUUCUAUAUACUUCUUUAGAGGUAUCGAUCACAUUUGUGUUCCAUGCCUAGUGUGUACUUAUAGAAGAUUAGAUGGGGAUAAUAAUGUUAAUAAUUAUUUAUGCUAUUUGAUUCCUCACAUGACUAACUCCCUGAUUUUUCCCAUGCAUCUAUUUAGAUUGAGCUAAUAAUAGUCACAUUUAUUUGUAGGUUUCGAUGCUUUACCCUUUAUCCAAGUAAUUAUUACAAUCAUAUUUCUCUCACAUUAAUUCGUCUGCGUAUUCAUUGGCCCACACUUACAAUCAUAAGGUGCCAAUGGUCUUGCAAUAGAUUGCAAUAUGUGAAACUCUGCGCAUCAUCAUUAUUUUUUCGUCCCUAUCUUGACGUUUGGUUGCUCCAUAAGAAAUGGAUUGAUUGAGUUCGGCAAUGAUUUUGAGUAGAAUCCAGUGUGCUUCAUGCAGCUCUGCAUGACGUUCUUGAGACUCAAAAAGUUGUGAUUCGGAAUCUCGGGCAAAGACUAUGGCCGCGUCGUAGUGCAGGGCGUUCCAAAGAUUUUUCAAAGCAAUUAUCUCUUUCAAUAGCACCAAUACAAUACAACUAUGGUCGUGUUGUCACGCUUAUGCUGCUGCCAUUUUUUUGCAUCUUUAAGGAAGGUUAAUGCGAGACAUAGAUGGUAACAUGAGUUUUUAUGUCAUGCGGACCCUGUAUUUAACUUUAAUUGGAUACAGACACUUUUUGGUAGUUUAAAAUAUUGCAUCUCAUUAAAUUGGACAUGGACUCUUUGAUUAAGCCCUAAUUUCCUUAUUUUUUUAAUUCCGAAUUAAACUAUUUACUAAUAGUAUUCAGCAUGGACUCUUUGCCAUGUCUUAAUUUUCCUUAAUUUUUUAAAUCCGAAAUUAGCUAUUUAUUAAUCGUAUUUGAUAUGACUCUUGAGUUUGUUUGAACCGUUAGAUCUUCAUAAAAUCCAACGGUGUAAAUUCUUCUCUUUUUUAGAUUAAUGUGGGAAUUUCUAGACUCUCUCGGCGAACGUGGUGGCUUCUUUUAACACUCCUUUAAUAAUAUAAUAGAUAGAUAGAUGUCUGUAUUGGCAUCUGUUCCAAAGUUGCAGAAACAAAGCUUCCCAUCUCGAUCCCUUGCACCUUCGAGGCUGAGCAGCACCCGGGGACAGAGUUGAGCUCACUUCCUGCUCCGAGGAAGGAUACGAAAUCAUCAGCAGCCUCCUCCCAGUUUAUCUUUCCAGAAUUGUCCAGAGCAAACGGACUGUUGCUUAAUAAUUUUACAAAGUUUGCUAGCUGCUAGAUUACAAGAAUUAUUGUUGCAGGAUCACUGUAUCUACUUUAGGUCAGUGAAAAGAAAGCCAAUAAUCUGCUCCUCCGACGGACCCAUCCUCAGAGUCCAGCAAGUGUGAUUGCCUACUUGCCUGAUGCCCUGAUCACGCCUUUCUAGGAAAGGGGCCCUUCAGUCCUGCAGACAGAUCGAUCAGCAGAACCUACAGCUGCCACUGCAAGUUCAGAGCAUCUGACAUCACCAUCUCUGAGUCUUUACUUCCCUUCGUGGAAGUCCCUGUCUCGUAUGUAUUGCACAAGAUAGCAAGAUCUUCAGAGUCCAACCAACAUGAGCCUAUCAAAGGCCAUUGGGAUAAUUAACGGCAUCAAUGAGUUUGGUAAUUUUUUCCAAUUGCUCGGAUCUGCUGCCUCGUAUAUGCGUUCCCAGUGGAACGGGUCACAAGAGGAAAAACUUAAAGAAGAUGACGUAUUGCAGUUGCAGAGUGACCUUCAACGUCUACGUGAUACUCUACCAGCAAUGUACAACCUUAUUGAUAGAGCAGAGUGGAAGAGCCAUGUACCUGGUGUGGAACAGCUCCUUCCAAAUCUCAAGGAUGCAGUGUAUGAUGCAGAGGACCUUCUGGAUGAGUUCAGAUGGUAUGAUCUGAAGGUGAAAAUUGAGGGCAAUGCAACCCACCCUCCUUUCAUUGACUUCUUUCACAGCGUCACUCAAGGAAGCUUCAACAAAGUGGUUGAUAUCCAGAAAAGGCUUAGUAAUCUUUCUAGCCAGCUUGAGAAGAUGGGCUUGCAUGAGGAAACACCACAGUUUGACAAAUCGCUCAGGCCAGUAACCACUUCUUUCCGCACUGAGCCAAAGAUAUUUGGUCGUGAGAAGGAACUGAGGGAGGUGAUCCGAUUGCUUGGUGUACCGAACUGCAGUAAAGAGUCUUCUUCAAAACGGAAGAGAUCUUCUCAUGCAGCAAACAGUGAACCAAGGAUAGCAUAUGUUCCUGUUUUGCCAAUAGUUGGAAUCGGGGGUGUUGGAAAAACUACUCUAGCCCAAGAGAUCACCACCCUACAAAGGGUCAAAUCCCACUUUGACAACAUCAUAUGGAUUUGCGUCUCUGAUGAAUUUGAUGAGGAGAGGUUUACUAAAAUUCUCAUAAAAUCUCUAUCUGGUAAAGAGGCAACGGCUGAUAAUUUAGAUGAUCUUCAAAAAAUUCUUGCUGGUGAAGUUGGAAAAAAGAGGUUCUUACUUAUCCUCGACGACAUUUGGCCUAAUGCCUUGAAUGAAGGUUGUUGGAGAAAAUUUUGUGCACCUCUCACAAAUGUACUUCAGGGAAGUAUGUUGUUAGUGACCACAAGGUUUGUAGAGGUUGCUGAUAUAGUGGGCACAAUGAACACAUUUGCAUUGGAAGGCUUACAAAAUGAUGUAUUUUGGCAGUUUUUCAAAAUGUGUGUGUUUGGGUCUGAGGAUUAUCACAUUGAUCCAAAAUUAGAACAGAUUGGUAAAAGCAUACUUCCAAAGUUGAAGGGCACUCCUUUAGCUGCUAAAACUAUUGGAAGGCUAUUACGAAAGAGCCUUAACCCUGCACACUGGAAUGAUAUACUAAAUAGUGAACUGUGGCAGCUUAGACAAAAGGAGACUGAUAUUUUGCCAGCUCUUCGGUUGAGCUACAUGUAUCUACCUUUUAAUUUGAAGAGAUGCUUCUCAUUCUGUGCUACAUACCCCAAAGAUUACAAUUUUGACAAAUCUAGUCUUGCUGAAAUUUGGGUGGCAGAAGGAUUUGUAGAACCUCAAGGCAGCAUCCCACUUCAACAUAUUGGUGGUCAAUACUUUGAAGACCUUGUAAAUUUGUCCUUCUUCCAAAAACUCCGUGGUAAGUAUGUAAUACAUGACUUGAUGCAUGACAUGGCACAGCUAGUUUCGAAGGAGGACUGUUUCAUUGUAAAGAAUGCAAGUGAUAUUGAAAUGGUUCCGCAAAAUGUUCGCCAUCUAUCAAUACUCAGAAGCAAUGAUGUUAAACUUUCGAACUUAUUGAGCCUAUGCAAGCACAAAAAGCUGCGCACCCUACUUUGCAACAAGUCUUUAGGAAGUGGGACUUUGUAUCCAGCGGUGGGUCGCUGGUUUAGUGGACUUCAGUACCUGCGUGUGAUUUUUUUUGCCUCCACGAAGGGCCUACCAGAGAGUAUUGGUAAUCUGAAGCAUCUCCGGUACCUUGAAAUAUCCGGAGGUUGCCAUUUUGACAGCUUUCCUUCAUCAUUCUCUAGCCUCUAUAACUUGCAGAUUUUAUAUGCUAGGAAAUGCAACUUUGGAAGAUUACCAAGAGGUGUCAGUAAGCUGAUCAAUCUGAAAAAGUUUGAGUUUGAACCAGAUAUUCCUCAAAUGGAAAUUGAUGCUGCAGAGUGGGGAGAGCACAUUCGGUUUAUAAUAAAUAAUUUGAAUCAAAUUACAAGAGAUUUGACUAUAUACAAUCUUGGUGCAAUAAGCAAGAAUCGUGCAGCAGAAUCCGAACUCAAGAAGAAAGAAUAUCUGAAUAGUCUGACUCUGAUAUGGUCUUCGUUAAGAUGCCCAGCGCACAAUGAGACAGAAGUACUUCAAGCUCUACAGCCUCCCACCAACAUCAAGUCUGUGCGGAUUGAGGGUUAUCCAGGUGAAUAUCUUCAUAGCUGGUUUCGUGAUUGUGAUGAACCCGAGGCCAUGUCAUUUUCUGAGUUACCUGCGGCGACAGUUGACAACAAUAAUAUUAGCAGAGCCGGGACCAUUUUCUCAUUAUUAACAGAGGUAAGCAUUAAAGGGUGUCAAAACUUAUCAAGCCUGGAACAAUUUCUACAUCCAACGACUUCUGUACCAGCCAUCAGCAAAAUAGUUAUUGAAAAUUGCGCGAGUGUAAAAUCAGUACCAAUUGAAUGGUCCCCUUCCCUUGAAGAAAUAAGAGUGUCCAACUGUCCAAAAAUGACGCAUCUUUCGGCCCCGUCCGCAAAGAAGCUCGUGCUGAAAGAGAUUUUUGGAUUCAACAUUGAUUGUAGUUCCCUCACCUUCUUGCAUAUAUAUUCCUCCCAGCUGCCAUCGAUUGAACUAGAAAAGUGGAGUCUUCCAGUACUGCAGAGGCUCCACAUCGGUCAUUGUAAUUGUCUGAAAUUUAUUAGAGAAUCUGAGCACAUCGGUCAUUGCCUUUCCCUUGGCUUGGCCAGAGGCAGCACCGCCAAAUUCCCGUUACUCACUGACCUAACUAUAGAAUUCUGCAGCAAGCUGGAAAGUAUUGAUGACCUCCUAACACAUGAGUGCCUCCCUGCCAUCGAGAGUAUUACUAUUCGGUCUUGUGUUUUGCUAUACCUGCCCACCAAAAAAUUUGAGAGUUUUCCUUUUCUGAAGAAUUUGGAGAUUGUAUGGUGUCCACGUCUCUACUGGCAAAGUGCAAUGGUGUUACCACCGUCCCUCCAGAAGCUUGACUUAUACAGUUGUGGGGAUUUCUCUGCCUGGUCUCCUAUGUGCUGCCUAGAGAACCUAACCUCCCUUCAGUCACUAACGAUGAAAUCAUGCCAAGGUAUAGUGUCCAUUCCAGGCGAACUUUGGAGCAGAAAUCUCAGGUCACUCCGGAAAUUGGAGAUUGAGGAGUGUCCAGACCUUGUCUCAAUUGGUGGACAUAAAUACAGUAUACAUUCGAGGCUGCCCAAAAUUGACGGAGAUUGAGCAGCCCCGGAGGAGAUGGAAGUAACGGUUUGAUGGGCCAGGCCGACGGGACAUAUAACCAACAUCGCUGCCUCAUGAUGAUCACCUUGCUAUGUUCUUCCUUCAAUUUUUAGCCUCCACGUGUGAUCUGGGAUCACAUGAAAAAUAAUUCGCUGUCUCAUGAAAAAUAAUUCGUAUUAGUUUGAGAAAUCAAACCAUUUAGAUACUUCAUUAUGGGAUCAUUCUAUGAAUUUUGGUUGGACGUGAUUGUUCCACUUUAUCAAACUGAGACAUCAUGUUGUGCGAAAUAAGAUGAUGGUGGAUUAACCCCUCCAGCCCAGACAAGAUGAUUAGGUUUGGAGUUGGGAUUAACCCCGCGUCUGUUGUGGUCUGUCGCAUUUUUAUUCAUAUGAAAAGUUCGUUGUGUUCGCCUGAAAUCUACAACAAUGUUUCAAUUUUCCAA